UGACAGUUUGUUCGCGGCCGAGGGGGAGCCGAGGCUGCCGCGGCGCUGCGCUGGGGCCGGGGCGCUCCGCAGGACCGAGCUCUGCCCGCCGGCACCAUGUCCCGGGACCCCGAGGAGGUGAACAAGCUGACGGAGAACACGUACAAAAAUGUUAUGGAACAGUUCAAUCCAGGACUGAGGAAUUUAAUAAAUCUGGGGAAGAAUUAUGAAAAAGCUGUUAAUGUUAUGAUAGUGGCUGGAAGAGCAUAUUAUGACAGCCUUGCAAAGAUUGGGGAUAUAUCAGCUGGUUCUCCAGUUUCUAAAGAAUUGGGCCAAGUUCUGGUAGAAAUCUCAAGAACACACAAGAAACUUAAUGACAGUCUAGAGGAGAGUUUCAAAAAAUUUCAUAAAGAAAUUAUAUCUGAACUGGAGAAGAAAACAGACCUGGAUGUGAAAUAUAUGACUGCAACUUUAAAGAGGUACCAAACCGAACACAGGAGCAAACUGGAUUCAUUAGAGAAGUCUCAGGCUGAGCUGAAAAAAAUCAGAAGGAAAAGCCAAGGAGCACGAAACGUAACAAAAUAUGAGCAUAAAGAAAUGGAGUAUUUGGAAACGGUGAGCUCUCGCCAGAGCGAUAUCCAGCGGUUCAUUGCAGAAGGCUGCAGAGAAGCUCUCCUUGAAGAGAAAAGAAGGUUCUGCUUCCUGGUUGACAAGCACUGCAGCUUUACCCAGCACAUGCACUUCUACCACGUCCAGUGUGCAGACUUCCUAAAAUCCAAGCUGCCUGGGUGGCAGGAAACCUGCAGUGAUGCCACCAAAGUGCCUGAAAAAGUCAGAAUGAUGAUAGAUGAAAUAAGGACACCUGGAUCCACUCCAGUCUCGGGAACGCCGCAGCCUUCACCAAUGGUAGAGAGAAAUACCAUGAUUGGAAAUGAUUUUUAUCCUCACCACGAAAAUGCAUCCAACGUGCCCCCAGCUCCCACAUGCAGAGCCUACACGAGCCCACUCGUUGAUAUGUUCAACAAUCCUGCCACAGCUCCCAAAGCACCUUCUGAGAAACUAAAUCAUUCAGCAGAGAAUUCAGAUGAUGCCAGUUUAUCACGUUCAACUUCUGUUGCCACGGGACUAAAUAUAAUGAAAAGGCAAAAAGUGAAGACAAUCUUCCCACAUACUGCUGGAAGCAACAAGACAUUGCUCAGCUUUGCCCAGGGGGAUAUCAUCACACUGCUGGUAGCUGAGGAAAAGGAUGGCUGGCUCUAUGGGGAGCAUGACACAACCAGAGCAAAAGGAUGGUUUCCAUCGUCGUACACAAGACCACUAGAAGAAUUAGAAGACAAAGCCUUUGCCCCUGUGCCAAGCCCUGCACCAAUCCGAAGUGUUAGUUCUGUAAAUCUCGUGGAGAAAGGUGAAGUUGUCCUCCCACCACCAGAUUACCUGGGGGCUUCACAGACGGAGUCUGCCAAAGGUCCUGCUCCUAAAACACCGACGGACAGAGCGGAGCAGGCAGGGCCGAAACCCAACAUGAAUGGCAUUACAAAACCACCUUUUCUAAGUGGAGAAAAUCCCUUUGCAACAGUGAAGCUCAGACCAACAGUAACAAAUGACAGAUCAGCACCGAUUAUCCGAUGAAUACACGGUCCAGACACAUGACCUUCUUCCUUACCAACACCAGUAAUGACAAUUACUAUCUCAACUUCUUCUAAAAAUUUAUUUAAAUGUAAUUACUGUACAAUAUUGGCAUACUGGAAUGGAGCUCUGAUGUUUUGUUAAAACCUUUGCUUUCUAAUGAGGUAAUUGCUUUGGGCUAGUGUUUGAGCACCUGGGCUUGAUUUUACAGUAUGCCUUUUUUGUAGUAGGAUUUGUGAAAAUGCUGGAGAUAGUUUGGAUGCUCUAGUGAAUCAGUGUAAGUAAUAGCUCACAGAUCUGAAUCUUUGGCAUUCGUUAUCUGGAAGCUGCAAUGGUAAGUUCUAGAAUAUAAGCCUGCAUAUGCCACCUACUAAAGAAGAUAACAGUGAUUUUAUUUUUUUUUUCAAA